AUGAUUCUCUUAUGUCUGAUCACUCUACUCUCCUUAGGAGCUCAAGCUCAGAUAUCCGGACCCUUGACUGAUGAUUUCAAAAAAUGGCUCGAGAGUAAUGGUUACGGUCCUGAUAAUUUCUCUAGAGACGAUUAUCAGAGCAAAGGCAGCUUCGGAGGUCUGACUGAAUCAGCAACUACGGUUCACAACACACCUGUCAUUUUCAUCCAUGGCAACUCGGACUCUGCUUUGAAAUCAUCAUCUUCAGCUACUGGCUGGGACAAGAGUAUUCAAUAUUUCUUAACCAAAGGAUACACAUCAGCAGAGGUUUAUGCUACAUCCUGGGGAGAUAACAAAGCUUCAAACGCCGGAACAAGAACUCACAACUGUUUUGAUCUGCAAAGGCUUCGUCGGUUUGUUGAAGCAGUACUGGCGUAUACCAAGAAGCCUAAGGUUUCCAUUGUUAGUCACUCUAUGGGAGUAACGCUAAUGAGAAAAGCAGUUUUGGGAGGCAGCAUAAGCGCUAGCGAUGGAAAUUGUAAUCUCGGAACUGCUUUGAAUGACAAGAUUGAGGUGUUUGUCGGAUUGUCUGGCGCCAAUUACGGCUUAUGUGCAUGUGAAGGAUCUGGCACCAUCGAACAUACGUGCAAUAAGAAGAAUGGAUUAUGGCCUGGAGAUAGCUGUGGAUUGAAUUAUUUGACUUGCGGAUUGAAGCCUUUGCCAUGGCCAUGCAGCAGCGUUACUUACUCCAGUUUCUUGAUGGAAAUGAAUGAUAAACCAGUUGCUGUUGCCGAAUAUAUUUUCUCUGCUUGGAGCUAUAGCGAUACUUUGAUUGGCUAUGAGAAUGAAGUUUGGGCUCGUCCAACCUCAUUAAUCCCUCUAUCAACUGGAAAGAAAAUCUACGAUACCUACUCUCAUAUGGAAACGAAAGAGUUGACCUAUGACGAUCAGUAUCAAAUGGUAAAGAACCAUACGCUUUGA